AUGCGGGAGAUCGACGCCAAAUACCAUGAGAUCCUGAAACAAUUGGAUUACUACAAUGAGAAGUUCAAGUGUGAGAUGGAUGGCACCCAGAAGAGGCGGGUGCUGCAUGGCUUCCAGAGGGCCCUGAACCGAAGCCAGGAACUGGGCAAUGAGAAGAUCCAGAUCAUAAGUGAGAUGGUGGAGCUGGUGGAGAACCGCACCAAAUAUGUGGACAGUCAUGUGGAGCUCUUCGAUGCACACCAGGACAUCAGUGACAGCACUGGCGGAGGCAAGGCCGGCCAGGACAAAUCCAAGAAUGAGACAAUCACUGAGGCAGACAAGACAAAUAACAAGCGUUCCCAGAGGCAGCGAAACAAUGAGAAACGAGAGAACACAUCUAAUAAUCACGACCAUGAUGACAUCACCUCAGGAACGCCCAAAAAGAAGAAAGCAAAAACCUUAAAGAAGGAGAAAUGCUCCAAGGCCAAAGCAGAGAGGGAAGCCUCCCCCACAGACCUCCCCAUUGACCCCAACUCUUGCUGGCAGGAUUUUCGAAGCAUCAAGAUUUAG